AUGAGUGCAUCCAACGGAACGCCAGUGGUAGGAAUCCCAGCUCCACCACCGCUACCAUCAGGUCUUGCCACUGGAAAACCGGUUCCGCCACCACCACCAUCCUCUUCCGGCGAUGAGACAAUGAGUACAGCCACUGCUUCCUUGACGGCCGGUAGCACGAAUAUGGAACCCUUGGAAAUUAUGGAAGAAGAUGAGCAUGUGGAUGAUACGGAAUCUCUUCUUCCAGGAGGCCCCUCUUCUAGCCAAAGCAACAACAACAACAACAACAACAAUACGAAACACGCCAAAAUGCAAGCCGUCAGCAAAGAAUAUUUCAAUGGUUUGAUAAAACCUCAAACCGUUGGCAACAUGACAAUAUUGUUUCCCGAAAAUUAUUUCAACGAUGACCAAUCCGCUCCAUGGGGAGUCCUGGGUCCUCAACCCAUGGGUCCCUUUUGCGUUUGGUUGCUGAUUUGUGUGGCAACUCAUUUGAUUGUGCAACGAGCCUUGACCAUUGGUGUUUUGACGACUUUGACAUGUUAUGGUUUCUAUUGUUUUUGUACUUAUCGGCUGGUGGAUGUUGCCUUUCGAGAUCCAGGAAUGUGUUUCUAUCAAGCCAUUCCCGAGACGUUGGACGAAGAACAAGCCCGACAAUGGCGAUGGUGUGAUUUCUGUAAUAUCUUUCAACCACCUGAUGGAGCCCAUUGUACGCAAUGCGAUGUCUGUAUUGAGGGAUAUGACCAUUACUGCGUUUGGAUGGGAACAUGUAUCGGGAAGAAGAAUUACAAGCAAUUUGUCAAAUUCAACGUUUCAUGGCUAUGGUAUCUCUUGUACUACUUGGUAUGGGUAUUACUCAUUGGACAUUUCAUCAAGAAGUAA